AUGAUUUGCUCUUAUUUUCUGCUGAUUUUAUUGCUUUUCGAUCCGACGGCUGGAUUCGAAACCGAAAAUAGACCUGAAAGUUGGUCCGAUGGUACAGAAAAGCCUGGAAAUUAUCCUGAAGAUAAGCCCGACCGCCCACCGGAGGAAAAUUGGACCAAGGAGCCCGAAAAGCCUGGAAAUUAUCCUGACAAUAAGACUGAUGUCCCUGACAAGCCCGGAGAAGAGAAUUGGACCGAAAAGCCUGGAAAUCAAUCCGACGAGAAACCGGACGGUUCAGAAAAGCCACCGGAGGAAACUUGGACGAAGGAGCCCGAAAAGCCUGGAAAUUAUCCAGAUGAUAAACCUCAAGGCACAGAAAAGCCUGAACGUCCGCCGGAGGAAAAUUGGACUAAAAAUCCUGACAAUUAUCCCGAUGACACAUCGAAUGGCUCAGAAAAGCCCGGAGAAGAAAGUUGGACCAAACAGCCUGAUCGGCCUUAUCCAAUUCCAUCGCCGGAAACUGAAAAUCUGGAAGAAGACUAUGAAACACCGUGUUAUCCUAUUGAUUAUCCAGGAAGAUUGAUUCCGAGAUUAGUGAUAUUUGUAAUUGAUCGAAGUCAAGAAGAAUUGGAAUUGGUGAGUUUUAGAAUCACAACGGGGUCACAGCAUCUUCAACCUAACAAUGUCUUUCAGCGCCAACCACUUCGCCGAAUUUUCGAUGAAAUGUCUUGCCUUCUCCCAAAUUCUACUGAUCUUCGCACUUUAUUCAUGGAUAUUUCGAGUCUAAAUUCAACAGAUGAAGGUUUCCAAUUUGGUCGAAUCGAAGAUUCUGCUGAAUAUUUUGAGCGAUUCGAGAAUCAGUCGGAACUUGAUUUUCGAACAAUCGAACAACGCUUCGAAUAUGCUAUGGAAAAAUUGAAUGAAAGUGGAAUUCACCAAUAUUUUCCGAUUAUCAAAUUUAUUCAUCUCGACAUCGAAACCUAUGAAAAUGAAGCUGAAGUCGCGAUAGUUGAAAAACCCCGCAAGAAACGCAUCUCGACUACGACAUUCGCACAAAUUAUUUCCGCAUAUCCGGAGAUUUCGAAAGUUGCGACAAGUUCGGCUAUUCAAUUGGUACGACAAUUUAAUAAUGUGCAAAUUGCUGAAUCAUCGAUUGGUGUGAAGACGCAACAAAAAUUUGAAAAAGUUUCGUCGAAGGCCAAAGGUAAGUGGGGAAAACAUCUAUACGUAUCGUAACCCAGAGAAAAUCGGAGAUAACUACAGUAAUUCAUAUCCACGUGUUAUUUCGCAGAUUACUGUAGUCAGAAAUAUAAGAUUUUGCAAAAUUAAACAAUAACGUUUUUUGCAGAUAAAAUUCCCGAGAAACUCCAAACCACAUUAAAGGAUAUGUAAGUUAUUUUAUUUCCAUCUCUCGAAAACCUCGGAUUUUUCAGCGCAAAAGAAGUUGUACCCGAAUUAUUAGCUGGAAAUGAAGGAAAAGCUGCUGAAAACUUGGUGGCUUAUAUCAUUGAUAAAUCGAAAGAAAAUGCGAAAGAAAAUGAAGCUGUUAAAAAAACGAUCGAAGAAAUUCAGAAAAUGAUCAAACCUAAAGAUGGACAACAAUCUGCGAUAAUUGAUUUGAAUGAUGCAACAAAUAUAAUAACAUCAGCAACUUCAGGAAAUUGGUUGGAUUUGACAAAAAAUGUAUUCAAAGUCGGAAAAAAGGUUGCAAAACAUCAAGGAUGGGAUAAAAAAGUGAAAAAAGGAAUGGAUAAAUUAAUCAAAUCUAAAUUUCCAAAAUUGGCCAAGAAAAUUGAUUGUAUAGUUCCACAAAUUGGUGAAAAAGGAAAGAAAAUCAAAGAAUUUUAUGAUGAUUUCGUUUCGAAACAUCCGGAAGUUAAAGAUCUGAUUAGUUUUAAUGGUGUACCUUUGGAACAAAAAUUGGUAGAUGGUGGAAAAAUGGGAGUUGGUAUGAUUAUUGAUGGAAUAUUUGAAGAGAUCGAUCCGGAUUUGACUGAUGUUUCGGAUGGAGUGAAAAAUGUAUUGGGAAAAGUUAUUGAUGGAAUUCCGGGAUUGGUGAAAGGUGAUGAAUUCACAUAUGGUGGAAAUGGAAAUGGCGGAAGUGGUAAGAUUUUGGAAAGGGCGUGGGGAAAUCUAAUUGACACCGAAAACUGAAAAAAAUCGACAAAAGGAGCAAAUACGCCCUAGUAAACAAUGAAAAGUACUGCGUCAUUGCGGAGUGUUGUUACAAACGAUGAAAGUGGCAUGGCGGAGUGUUGCAGACAUAUUAUAUUGAUUUUUCAGGAAAUCAAAACAACGGAAACAACAAUAAUAAAAAUUCCAACCGAAAACCACAAUGUGCACCAACAAAAAGUCGAACAAGGACUGAAUGUGGGAAAGCAAUUGUUUGGAUUUGUUGUUGAUCGAGGAAAUGAUGAUGAUGUGGUAAGUUGAUGACGUGGCAAAAAGGUCAGCACUAAUAUCUGAUUUAAAAAAAAUUCAGAAUGACGCGAUUUUUUCAACAAUUGAACAAGCUACUUGUCUUAUCAAGGAUUCCAAAGAUGUUAAAGGGACAAUUUUGGAUAUUUCGGAUAAAACAUCAAGCGAUUCACCGAUUUCUAUUGAUGAUAUUGGAAAAUUGGGGAAAGAAUUGUUGAAGAAUUAUGGGAAAAGUAAGGACUUGACAGCUCUCUACAAAAACCCUAAUCAUCUCCAAUUUCAGAAACAUUUUCAACUGAUGAUAUUGGAACUCGAUUCGCUGACACCAUCAAGAAAUUAGCGGAUGGUGAAACACCAGAUGUUUAUGAUGCCAUAAAUCUUUUUGUUCCUGAUUUUCCGAAUGGUGGAAAUGGUGAGAAUUUGAAGAAGAUUUUUGAUAUGGUUAUGAAAGGGAAAUCGGCGAAUUUGAGAGAUAAGAUUAAAUUCAACAAUAUUCCGCUGAAAUAUGGAAAAUUGCCGAGUGGAAAAACGUCGAUUGGAAUGCCUGGAUUGGGGGAUAUUGGACCAAUUUGUGAGUUUUUUUUCUAGGAAGGCAAUGAUAUUUUAAAAUCUACAAAGCUACCCUCAUAAAUAUGUUUCUCCUGAUUUCCAGUGUCCAACAUUCCUGCACCUGUCAUCGAUGUUCUUGCAAAUCUGUAAGUUUCCAACCCAACUUUCUAAAAAUUCAUUUUUUUUGCUUGUAGCCUGGAAACUGCCGUCCCUGGAAUCACUACAAUUUUGCCAAUUCCGAUUCCAAAUAUUCCAAACAUCCUAGAUCUGCCAAAUGUUCCAAGUUUCCCCAAUAUACCCGGAUUGCCGAAUUUCCCGAAAAUCCCAGAUUUGCUCGAUAUUCCUGAUAUACCCAACUGGCCGAAUAUUAAUCUUCCUGAUUUGCCAAACCCGAAUUCAGGAGGAUCUAAACCGGAUUCGAACACGAAUUCUAAACCCAAAUCAAAAUCGACACAAAAAACGAAAAGACCAAGAAGUGAUUCGCGACAAAAAUCAAAAAAUAAUCGCAAAAAACGAUGUUCGAAUUUGAAAACCGCUUUGUCGAUUGGCAAAAAAUUGUUUGCAUUUGUUGUGGAUCGAGGAACUGAUGAGGAAGUGGUGAGUUAAUGACGUGGCUAAUUUUUAUCACCCUAGAAUUAAUUUUCUUUCUUUUCAGACUGAUGGAAUCUUCACAACCGUCCAAGAAUUAAUCUGCCUAAUUCCCUCAUCGAAUUCCACAAAUUCUACAAAUUCUACUGAAUCUACAAAAGGAACUAUUCUCGAUACAUCUGAUACACAAUCAAUAAAUGAUCUAUUAUCGAUUGAUAGCAUUGAUAAAUUGCCCGAAAAAUUGGCCAAAAUUUCCGGAAAGAAAGCGAUUUCUCAAGAAGGAUUUGGAUCGAGAUUUGGAAAAGUUUUGAAGAAAUUGCUUCAGGGAAACACCCCGGAUUUAUUUGAUGCGAUUGAUAUAAUUGCGCCAGAAUUGCCGAAUGGAGUGACUGAAAGUGCGCUGAAAAAAGUGUUCAAUAAGGUGUUGGAUAAAUAUCCGACAGAUAUCAAAAAGAAGGUGAAACUGAAUAGUAUACCUUUCGAAUUUGGAAUGGAUCCGGAUGGAACACUGACUGUUGGAUUGCCUGAUGUUGGAAAAAUUGAUGUGGAUUUACCCGAAAUCACGAAAAAGCAAAAGAAGAAAUUAUAUGAGAUUUGGAAGAAGAUUGAGCCGAAAAUUACGGAUCCUGAUGAUCAGAGUUCAAAUCAGAAUCAGCAGCCAGAAAAGGAGAAAAAAAAUAAAUGCAAAUCGAGAAAAACAACACCUUUGCUUGUUGGAAAAACACUUUUUGUUAUGUUUGUUGAAAGGAAUUUGGGAAAGGAAUAUGUGAGUUUUUGGGGGGAAAAAGUUUUUGAGGUGGCAAACACGCUCCACCUAAUUGUUAAUAAUUAUUGAUUUUUCUUCCAGGUCGAACCAAUUUCGUUGAUUUUGAAACAAAUAGCUUGCCAAAUCCCAGAUGCAUCGGAUACAGAAGGAACUAUUAUUGAUCUCACAAAUCAACAAACAAUCGAUCAACCAAAAACAAUUGAUACAAUACGAAAAUGGGGGCCGAAAAUUGAGGAUUUGGUAAGACAAACUCCAAAAACAUCACAAAAUACGAAUGAAAUUGGAAAACUGUUUGUUGAUGCUUUGGAAAAAUUCGCGAAAAGUCAGAUUCCCAAGGAAUUUGAUAACAUCGAAGUUUUGACGUCUAAUUUGCCUGGAGCGGAUUCGGAUUUGUGGAAAAAGGGUUUUGAAACAGUGAUGAAACUAUUGCCCGAUAAUGUGAAGGAGAAAUAUCGAUUGAGGAAUUUUCCACUGGAUUUUAAAGCGAAAAAUGUGGAAAUUCCUGAAGGGGUUAAGAUUGAUACAGAAGGUUGGGGAUUUUUUUUGAGUUUUAUUAGGAAAAAGAAAUUAUUUUCAGAGAUUUUCCCGGAUGUUACCAAGAAAUUGUUCAAGGAAAUGUAGGUUUUUUUUCAAGUUUCUAGUGUCAAAUCACAUUUAUAAGUUAAAAAAGUACAGUCAUCAUAUAUUUCGUCGCCCAAAAAAUAUUUCUGAAAUCAGAUGAUCUCCUCAAUUCCUGAUAUUUUCAGCCUCAAUAAACUCGAUCCGAAAAUAACUGAACAAAAAUCGGAAUCCGAACAAAAACCAAAAAAACGAUGUAAAUCGAAACAAACAGCCGCUUUCAAUAUUGGCAAAAAACUGUUUGGAUUAGUUGUGGAUCGAGGAAACGACAAAGAUUUUGUAGGUUCUUUUUCGAUUCCGCGUAAACGACCACGUGAUUAACUAUAACGUGGAAUUCUAAAAUUCUACGUUACAGUAAUCCGCUCGGAUUUGUAGUCCAGAAGAUAAAAAUCUGAAGUUUAUUACAGACUCUGCCGCUUUUUGAUGUAAUGGAAGAAGUUUCUUGUUUAUUACCAGAUGCACCGGAUUUGAAAGCUAUGAUUUUGGAUAUUUCAAAUAUGAAUCCAACUAUAAAUGUAGAUACAAUUGGAAAACUUGGGGAAACCUUGAGAAAUUCAAAAAAUAAGAAAUCGAUAUCGAACAAGGAUAUUGCUAGUCGAUUUUUUGAUACUUUGCAAAAAAUAAAAGACGCUGGAUUAUUUGAUGAUUAUGAUUGGAUUGAAUUAUUGAAUCCGAAUUUUCCAAAUGGUGGAUCUGGUGAUAAUUUCAAAAAAGUCUAUGAACAAUUUUUGAAAAGUAAUCCGAAUGUUGAAGAUAAAGUGAGAUUCAAUAAUAUUCCAUUGAAUUUUGGAGUUUCGGCAAGUGGAAUACCGACGAUUGGAUUGCCUGGAGUUGGAGAUGUUGAUUUGAAUUGUGAGUUCUUUUGGGGGGAUGUGGAUUUUGAAAAAAAUUAAUCAACAUUUUACCUGAUUUUUUAAGUAUUGAGAAAGAAGAGUUUUCAAAAAAACAAUUCUCAAAUUAUUUCAGCACCAGCUUUGCCGCCAUAUUUGAAAGAUAAGAUCAAGGAUGCGUAAGUUUUUUUUUCUCAAUUUUUCGCCAUUUGGCAUUGAGUUGGACGUAAAAUAAUCAACGUGGCAAAAAUACUAUAAUUAUUUUCCAGCCUUCGAAAAAUCGAUUCAAAAAUUGUCAAAAAACCGAAAUCCACUCAACCGCAAGACGAGAAAAAUCGCGAAAGAUCGUGCAAACCCAAAACCACAGCUGCUCUGAAUAUUGGUAAAAAAUUGAUUGGAAUAAUUUUGGAUCAAGGUUUCGAUGAGGAAAUUACAAAUCCGAUUCUAACAACAAUGGAACAAUUGGUUUGUAAAGUUCCGAAUGCGCCAGAAAUCAAAGGACAAGUUGUUGAUAUAUCAGAUAUGGAUACAAUUAGUUUGCCAUCAAAUAUUGGAACGAUUUUGGAAUUGGGACCAGAAAUAUUGAAAAGAAUGGGAAAACGUGAGCAUUUUUUGAGAAUUUUCACCAAUUUUCAACAAAAUUAUAUUAUUUUCAGGCUCCAACUCACCAUUGGAUGCUCCUAACAGAUUUUUCAAAGCUCUCGAACUUUUGGCUUCAUCUGGAAUCCUUGACGGAUUCGACAGUGUCAAUUUAUUCGUGCCCACUCUACCAGGCUUCAGUGGAAUUGGCUUGGGAAUUCCCGGAAUCCCCGUAGUUCUCCCUGUAGGUCUUCCAAUAAUUCCACCGAUUCCCGGUGUUCCUGGUUUGGAUGGAUUUAUCAAGGCAUUGGGAAUGAUAUUUGAUGUUUUCCCCAAUUUACGACCAAAAAUCACGUUGAAUGGUGUGAAUUUUAAGUUCAAGCUGAAGAUUCCGCCUACAGGUAAAGUUUUCGGGCAAUUUUUGAAAUUCCAUGUUGAAUCUGAAAUUUAUGACCAAAAAUUUGAAGCGCUUAGAAACUGAUCUGGAAAACCACUUUUUUGGGAAAAUUGGCCUAGAAAACCUGGAAAGUAUUUUCUAGUACACGAGAAUUUGAUGUUUCAGGAAAUGGACCAAAUAUUGAAGUUGAUAGUCCAUCAUCAGAAGAUUUAGAUGAAACACUGAAAAAAAGCGAUCCGAAAGUCGAGAAAAAUGGCGAAUCACAAGAACCAGAUGAAUCGGAAAAAUGUAACAAGUUAACGAAAGUUGGUGUGGAAGCCGUCAAACAACUCUAUAUUUUCAUAACCGAUCAAGACUCGAAUAAUGAGAUUCAGGAAAAAGUUUGGGAAUUGAUUGAACAAGCGAUUUGUUCGGCAUCGAAAAAUGAUGAUGGAAUGGUUAUUGAUCCGAUAAAUGGAGCAAGUGAUAUUGGAAGUAUGGAGGAGACAGAAGAAAAAGUCAAGAAAAACAAGGAAAAAUGUGAGCAAUUAGUUUGGCUUACUAUAGAAUUUACUGUUGAUCUACGCUAAAUUUCGAACUUUUUGGUUGGAAACUGAAGAGAAGAACAAUUUCUAGAUUACUGUUCUUUUCUGGCGCUAUUCUAAGAAAUCUUUCUACCAUUAAUAAAAUCAAAAAUUUUGCAGCCAACCGAAAAAAAGAUAGCAAAUGUAAGCGAAUUCAAAAAGUUCUGGGUAAAUUGGACGGAGUUAUCAAAAAUGUGACAAAGCUUUAUAAAAAGAUUCACAUCGUUGUUCCAAUGGUCAACAGCACAGUUUUGAAUGAUAUCAAUAUGAAAAUCAAUCAGAGUUUGACGAUCGCAUCAAAUAUGUCGAAUUAUGCAGCAAAUACUGAUUUUUGUAAUUGGAAAGCGAUGUUGAUGAAUUGGACGAAAAGAUUGAAGGAUUCGGGUGUGAAACAGAGAAUUGAAUAUAUUCAAAUCCCGCUUAAAGUUGUCCAAAUUAAUGAAACUGAAGCUAGUCUCGUUUUGGAAGUGGAAAAUUCGACGAAAACUGUCGAAAUUCGAAAAUUGAAUAUGCAAGAAAUUGAGGAGGAAGUUGUGAUUUAUGAAACAAAUUACACUAACUCGACGAAUAAUGUGCCACCGGAUUUUGGUGGAUUUUGGGAGGGAACUUAUCAGAAUACUUAUGAUCCUGAAAAGACAAACACGAAACCGGUGAAAGAAUUGCCCAGAGAAGUUAGAGUCGAGUGAGUUUUGAGAGGGAAGGGGAUUGAUGUAAAAUAUCUGGAAUAUUUUGAUUUUUCUCUGAAAUUUAAAUCAUCUGUGUACAGGGCAUAAUUUGAUGAAUUUUUGAAAUACCUAGACUUCAAGAUCCCAAAAAUGAAAAUAAUGAAGCUUUGAGUCUGGGAACUGCAAUUUAAAGUUUUCUGAAAGAAUUGUUAACUUUUUUUAUUGAAAUAUUGGAUUUUUUCACGCUUUUAUUAUUUUUUUCUUGAUUCACAAAAAAUUAAUUUUUAACAGAAUCACUCACAAAGUCAACGAAUCAAUAAUUCGAAGUUAUUAUGAACGAACUGUUUAUAUAGAAAGUGAGCAACAAAUUGAAGAAAAAGUGGAAACAUCAAAUUGGCUACUGUGGCUAAUUAUUAUAAUUGUAAUAUUACUUUUAUUAAUAAUUUGUUGUAUUUUGAUUUGUAUCUAUUGUUGUUGCUGUGGACCAAUUGCUGUAAUGAAAGAAGAGGAAGAUGAAGAAGAAGAAGAAAAAGAAAAGGAAAAAGAGAAAGAAGUUGUCCCAACUCCAAUACCGAAAACUACAUCAAAUUCAAUGAAGGAAGAUAUUCCUCCAAUUCCAACAACUCCGCCUUCACCGCCACCACGUCCACGUCCACGUCCAAAAAAGAAAAAACAAGCGAAACUUGCACCAUUCUUUGAUGCGAAAUAUUAUCGAGUUAGUCGAAAUCCUUCUGUUCCACCAACUCCGCCACCAGCAAAAGAUGUUUUUUCGGCGGAAAAUGAAAAGAAGGAAAUUCCGAAAAAUGCGACGAGAUCGCAAAGAUUGUAUAAAUCGUGA